GGGGGCGGCAAAUCGCCUUAUAAAGGCCUCCCGGAGGCGGCCGCCGCUCCGUCGCUUGGCGAACCACUCUCCCACCCAGCUGUCCAAGUCCUGCGCACUUAGCUGAGAUGUCUGCAGAUGAGAUACAGCAGCUGAAGGAGUGGGUGGAGCAGCAGCCGCACCUGCCUCCAGUGCCAGAGGAACAGCUGCCACUGUUUCUGCGGACAGCCGACGGCGACCUGGAGAAGGCAAAGGAGGGCGUCGACCUGUACUACACGGUGCGCACCCACGCCCCAGAGGCGUUCUCCAACAGGGACCCCCAGAUGCCCGAGUUAGACAACGUCGCUGCACUCUUCCACGUGGCGGCGUCGCCGGUGCUGCACCCUGACGGCUACAUCGUGCUGUUCGCGCGCCUGCUGCCCGACACGGCGGACCGCUUCGUGCACGCGGACGCCCUCAAGUUCUACUGGAUGUGCGAGGACCUGGCCCUGCGCGAGCACCCGGCCGCCACCGGCUUCCUCUUCGUGUUCGACCUGAGCGGCAUGUCGCUGCCGCACCUGGCGCGCCUCAACCUCGUGCUGCUCAGGCAAUACCUCGUCUACACGCAGGAUGCCCUGCCGUCAAAGGUAAUUGGUAACCACAUGGUUAACGUCGUCCCGGCGACGGAGACGUUGAUUAAUAUCAUGAAGCCCAUAAUGAAGAAGGAGCUCUCCGACAAGCUUUUUGUCCAUUCUAAGGACAUGGAGGAAUUUUACAAACACGUGCCCAAAUCAGUUCUGCCCAAGGAUUAUGGUGGUGAACUGGACAACCUCGAAGUCUACCACAACGAGACGCGGCAGCGGCUGAAGGAGCAUCGAGAGUGGUUCCUGUCGGAGCAGGCGCUACGGGUGGACGAGUCCCGCAGACCCGGGCGCGGUCUCACCGCUACCGACGUCUUCGGCAUGGAGGGCUCCUUCCGCGCACUCUCCAUCGACUGAGCGCGCCGCGCCUCACUCGGCCUUCUGCCGCUGUCUCGCUGCUCGCUUCCGCGGCUAUUAGGUUUCACCCGCAAUUACCUUAACUCGAGGAUUUUGUUGUGUAGCCAGUUACCGGCACGGCGCAGCUCAUUUAUAACCUGAGGCGGCUUACACUCUAGUGCACCAUCAACCUUAGGAGGAUUACUUCAACAAUAAUCACGAUUCUUCGCUUUCACUAGCGAUUGGAUGCCCGCAUAUCUCAAGAUUAUCUAGUCGCCCUUCUAAACACACCAAUAUUAUGUCAUUACUAGUUUGUACAAAAAGAAAGUUUGUACAAAAAUAAAAUGGGAAGUGUAGCAAAAUUCUAGGAAACGAAGUUACCUGGCGCAGGAAAUGGUGAGAGUGGCAACUGACAGGUUGUUGGUAUGCAUAAUUCUUCAACAAUUCUUUCUUUCUUUCUUUUUCUUAUGCCGGUUUUCCCGUGGAUACGCAGGUUCGUCAUGGUUAAUCGGAUGUGGCAAUGUUAGUUGAAGGGGUGGCCGAAUGCCCUUCCAGCCGCCACCCCGUACCCCCAGGGAUGGAAUUAGUGCACCCCAACUGUCUGCGACGAGUGUAAUCCAUCGUAUAGAGCGUGUAAUUGAGGCGGGACCUAGGGACCAGCCCGGUAUUCACCUAGGGGGAUGUGGAAAACCGCCUAAAAACCACAUCCAGGCUGGCCGGCACACCGGCCGUCGUCGUUAAUCCGCCGGGCGGAGUCGAUCUGGGACCGGCGCGCCUACCCGAGUCCAGGAAGCAUCGCGUUAGCGCGCUCGGCUAACCUGGUGGGUGCGUAAUUCCUUAACAAUGUUUACAUUUAUUUACUGAUCAAUUUCAGCUUCUUCGAGUGCGUGCGCAUGGUGACUGAAGCUAGGUGUUCAGCGCUCAGACUGCCAAAACGCAAAAGCUUAAUUUCUAACACAAUGAAGCAGACGAUGAAAUAAACUGCCCCCUUGGAUUUCACUAACUUUACAAUAACGAUGGCCAAUUUUAUAUUUUACCGAAAAUAAUAACACAACAGUAAAAGACGAGCAGGAAAUCACAAUAAUCAGUUUCAUCUGGAAUACCAAAGCUUAAAAUAUAACCAACCUAAAGCUGACAACAUAACUAGCAGUACAAGCGUUUGACGAGAGAGAUAAAAUCAGCUGUCCAACACACGAGCCCAAGCUACCCACUGCUGUACGUCAGAAAUGAAAAAAAAAAACAGUGAAUGCUGACAAAAAGGGGAGAUUGAAAUUCCACUGAACACAACAAUAUAAAAUAGCUUUCCCAUUGUUUCUGCACUAACGACAAGUGAGUGGCUGUAGUUGAAAAGCAUGAUCUCUUGGUAAUUUACUUUGGCCAGCCUUAGCCAUACUCGUUUCCAUUACAUGACUGCACUAUACUUUAUAAUUUAUAAUUUUGAAAAAAAUGUUUAUUGUUUUCAGUGAAGUCUUCUACCACAUUCCAUAUAUGUUUUAAACUUUUCAGUUAAACUUAACAAUUUACGUUUCUGUAGCAGAGGUCACAUUCCCCAAUGAAUACCGUAUUCAAUAUAUUGAGGUUCAGGGCCUAACUUGCACAUCCUCAAAAAGUAUUCCCAGAGAAAGUCAACAACAAUGAACGGAAGUUAUAUUUUUUGUGUGGUUUUCAUGAAAUCUGCAGAACAUGUAACUGAAAGUACAUUGAUAAUGCUAAGAGUGUGCUACAAAGUAUUGGCAGGUUCUGGACCAUACUUACACAUCAGCACCUCUUUAAAAAGUUGUUGCUAAUGUAAUUCAGCAACAAUUAACAAUCUUUUUUUUUGGUGGACAUGAAGUACCCAACCCUCAUUUGCAAUGCGCCUUACGCAAAGUGCCUUGGUAUUGUUAGGGUUCACCGUCGUAGCUGAAUGUACACUGCAGCUAACAACACUAGACUCUGCGCUCCCUGGAUCGACGAAACCAACUGCCGUCCUCUCCUCCACACCGGAAUGAUUUCCCACAUUGACAGGAAGCCAGCGAGAGCCCCGACUCCAAGUCCUCCAGGCUUGCUCGGCAACUUCCUGCUUUGCUAUGUCCAGCCAGUGCUUUGGUAUGUCCAGCCAGCUCCCCAACUUGGAAGUUGCUAGGUGUGUUGCCUUCUAUCUGGACAUCAUUCCACUGUCGUCUCCGCUCUGACUCCCUGUGACUCUUCCAACCACACAUGGUCGCUUUUUCAGUAGCCAACAGCCUCGACUGCCACGCUAGGACAUAUACAAGCUCAGCCGCCACACCGUGUGUGGCCUGGCGUCGAACCCAAGUCUCAUGCGCCGCUGUCGAAGUCGCUGUUGCCAGUUCUCUCCCGUCCAUCAGACAGCUCCUCGCUGUGACAGGACGCUGAUCCACGCCUCGUCUUGAUACGCAAGCAGCAAUUUUUGCUGGUGCUGUUGCGCUCUUCUGCGGCGGAAGGCAACUCAAGCACUGGUUCCAGUAGCCAAGCGAGGCAAGAAAAUUACUGUGACGUUUAUCACUAAUCCGAGGUACAACAAUAAAUCGAACUACCCUCAAAAACACAACUAUACAUACCUGAAUAAGUUACUUAUACAAACGCAUACAAUCGUACAUACACGUUAGUUUCCUUUGUAAUUUAGAUUUCUAGAAUUUUACUAGCACCCUCUUUGUUUCUUUUUAAGCAGCUCAUCUGAUCAUAGCAAUUAAGUCGAUAUCGAUAAUAAUAUCAUUUUAUUAUUAACUUACAACAUGCUUUCUGUGUUCCCGUAAGGCUGUAUACCCAGUCUGUAUAAAACUACUGCCUUGAAGGUUUCCGUUCACUUCCAACGACUUUCGUAAGUCUAGAUAAGGUCUGGCAACGUAGUCCUGCUUCGAAGUAUUGCCACAGUUCAAUACAUUUCGUUCCAUAGGCGUGAUAUAUUUUUUAGAAUUAUUUUGUUGAAUUGUAGAUUUAAAACAUUGUUGCUACGACAAACCAAUAGUAUCUUAUCUCAGUACGUUAUGAAUAUGGCUCUGGGCAGCGUGAAAGAAAAUAUCUUUACUAUUGAUCUCAUUCUCGUAGACAGCGUUACAUGUAAAUUGUAGAGACCGUAUUUUUUCCCUAAAACAUGAUCUGUGAUAGAAACGGUUUCCUGUUGGAAAUACUUUUUACACACUUAAUCGCCAAUGAUAGUUUCAUACUCUGUACAAAAUGCAAUACGAAUCACCACAGUGGUUUAGACGAAAGUGACCUUCAUAAACCAACAGUUCUUAUCGAACAAGAAAAACUCUUAAUGACGUGUACAGUGGCCUAUAAACAUGGUCGCAACAUCACUGAGCUGCAACUCUGCCAUAGCGCCAUAGCGGCCGUGGUAAUCUCUUUCUCUAGAUUAAGGCACCACUUGUCGUCUUACAUGUUCUGCCACAUGUAACAUAAAGUUCAAGAUGAAUUCACCUGAAAUUAAUUACUUCAACAAUUUAUCUCAGUUGCCGUAGCUCGAGAACAGAGAACAUUUCAUCUGGUAACUACUUUAGUUCUUUAUUUUUUCACUUUCUCCAAAUAAAAAUAAUUUUCGCAGGAUGUUAGCUGUGCAUUUCAUUCUGGCAAAAAAUGGCAUAAUUAUUUCACUUGAUUGGGUAAUAUUAGAGAAAAGUAUUUCUGACUGCGCUUGAGUGUUCUUACAGGUGCACGAACCUAACAGUACCUUGCAUGUAACAUAUAACAGCCGUUUUGUCACUUGAAUUUUGUACGGAACUAUGCAUAUCUUCACAAAUGCUAAUAAGAAUUCACUGAUGAAGACUUUUUUGUUUUUACUUCAUAAAUUUACUAAAAUGUACGAGUAAUGGACGGUUUGAUUCAUUCAUCAACUAACAAAAUGAACAUAAAUUCGUAUUUUAAGAAGUUGUGUUAUGAACUACGUUGUUUCUGAGAAAAAUUUUGAUUUAUUAAACUACUGCCCAGCUUAGAGUCAGGAUCACUCUCAUGUCGACUUCCAAGAAAUCAUAUCGAACUUGUAAUUGUUUUCUGUAAAUUUGCAAAGUAUCACCGCGUCGAAAAUUCAGAAAUUCGAUUAAACUUACUUAUCCCCAUUUAAAGAUAACAUGAGUAAAUUCGUUAUGAUUUUCAGCUAUUAUACAUAAAUAGACUACGUGUGACUUUUUGUUACACGCAUGGCAUGAAAGUAGGUCAGCAGAUUAUUUGCUUGGUAAGAAACAUUUUGCUGUAAAAGAUUUUUUUCACAUAUCUUCUAUCAGAAGUGGCAAACCAUGAAAAUAAUGUAGGUAUAAUCUAUAGUGUUUGUACACCUUUGUCCGAGAGACAUUUUGUAACAGGAAAGAGUGUUCUUCAUGUUUACAUGAGAAAGAAGUGUUUUCCUUUUAUAUUACUCUGUCAAAAUAUUCAUUUGGGAGCAUUUAAUAAAAAAAUCCAAUAUUAUUUUUCUUUAAUAAACAUUACUUAUAUUGUAUCUCUCGCUUUAUAUGAAAUGUAUUUUCUGUUGUACAGGCGAGAAACCUAUUAAAUAUUGAUGCAAAGUU